GUUGUACUGUAAGUUUUUUUUUUCAUAGAAAUAUCUUUGAUAAAAAUAUUUUCUAAUAUAAUAUUUAGCUUCAAAUUGAAUAUUCAAAACUUCUUUCACUUACUGUUAAAUAUAAUAAUGAUAAAAGUCGAGAUUAUACUAAUCCAACAUUACCAUCAGGCGAAGGAAAUAUGGUUCAACAAACAGAAUUAGAACGAAUGCAUUCAAAUACUGGUCUUCUUCCAUUACAACGAACAACAUCUAAUGAAGAUUAUCGUUAUGAACGAAUGCAUUCAAAUACUGGUCUUCUUCCAUUACAACGAACAACAUCUAAUGAAGAUUAUCGUUAUGAUUAUUUUACAGCAGCUGUAGCAUCACGUGGUCGACCCCCAUCAACAGCUGGAAUGACUCCUGGUUAUGAUAUACCAGCCAAUGCCAAUCAUUUAAUGAGUCCACUUCAACCAACACCUACUGCUUAUAAUCCAAUGGUAGGUGCUACAGCUACUCCAUAUGGUCAUCGAUAUGCUUCCGCUCAUCCUCCUCCACCCCCACCACCUAUUCAUGGUUUACCUCCAACACAUUUGCAAUCUCAACAACAACAAAAUCCUCAUAUGAUAUCUGUUCAAAAUGGUCCAGUUAUUCUUGUAUCAAAUCUUAAUGAAGAUGUGAGUUAA